GGCUCCACUGUUGUCUCCCCCAUCCGCGCGGUGAGAUGGAUACAAAGCUCUUGUGAUGUCGUUGCACGUCCCUUCUCUAGUUGUUGCGCGUAUCUGAAUAUCGUCCUGCACCACCUCCCUCUCAGCCCCAUUCCUCUCAGCUCUCCUGCAUCGCCACGAUUCUGUUCCUUGCUGUUGGAGCUUGUCUGAUCUCUCAGCGCCUGCUUUUAGCCACAAGAUAAGCUCCUUGCUGAACCUAGCACAAGGGUCCUCUCUUUCCGGCAUGCGUAUCGACAUUUCUCCCUCCAUACAUCUGGGGGGCGAAGAAACGAUUCUUUGCAGGCAGCAAACAACCAACCCCGAUAUCACGCUGUAUAGCUCCUGGUUCUGCCCGUUUGCUCAGCGCGUUUGGGCCUAUUUGGAAGAAUUGGUAGAGAGAGACAUCAUUCAGUACCAGUGGAUUGAAAUCAACCCUUAUGAAACUCGUAGUGAUGGUGGUUGCACAAAACAACCGCUUUCAAUCGAUGCCAAGCGUCAGCAAUACCCUGAUUUUGUGGAUGUGAGCCCACGAGGGUUGGUUCCGGCCAUCAAUCACGAUGGAUUCGGUGUAAAUGAUAGUAUGGUGAUUUGUGAAUAUCUUUCCGACGUCUUCGAGCCAUCGCGACAACGUACAGACGAUGGAAGGAAUCAUGGGAUUUUGCAGCCUUGGAACGUGCAAGAAAGAACCAAAGUAAGGAUCUUCUGGGAGCAUAUCAGCAGCCAAGUGAUCCCUUGCUUUUACCGACUUUUAAUGACAGCGGAUCAAGCGGGCAGAGAAGAUGCUCAUGUGAAGCUGUUGGCGGGGUUGAGAUAUGCAAACAACUUCAUGCUGUCCAUUUCAUCGUCUGGAUUCUUCUUGGGGGAGGGACGAUACAGUCUCGCCGACCUCUCUCUUGCGCCAUGGUGGUUCCGCUUUCUCUGUGUGCUGGGUCCAUACCGGAACUUUCAAGUGCCCAACACUGAGGAAUAUGCGAGGUUGCAUCUUUGGUGGCAAGCGAUGUUGAAUUGCAAGUCUUUCUGCAGAACUUUGGUGUCACCCGAGAGGCUGAUGGAGAACUACGAGGAGUAUUCGGAUGGAACUGCUACUUCGGAGAUCGCGCGGACGUUGCUGGGUUCUCGUGCUAUCCCACGGAACCCGGCGAAGAUCGACAGCUUCGUAGGGAAGCCUCUUGAAGCCUGAGGACCGCUAGGAAGGUCCACAUGUACAUGUCAAGACUUGCAGAGCGAAAGUUCGGCAGGCGUGUCCAUUUUUUCGAUUGGUGUGAUUACAAACAUGUCGUUAGGAACCCGUGUUUCCAUUCCCCAGCAUGCUCUGCACUCGCUCGAGCUCCUCCUGUGCAUGUUUCGGAGAGUCUUCGUCAAUGUCGAAGAGGAGACGCUGAGCCUGCGACUGCAAGAGUUUGAUGAAUCUCGAACGUAGC